AAGACUGACUAAACAACUGUCCUUUGGUGAUAGAAAAAUAGAACAGUUACAAAGGCAUGUCCGAAGACUAGAAGAAAACAUAAAAGUUGACCAAAAUCCCAAUCACGAUGCACAGAGCAGCUCUGGAAUGGAUAGCCACGCCGACAAGACUAAAGGAAACGGGAAUAUGACUCUUAGUAGGACACGGAGUUUGGACCCCACAAACCGGAAAUACGAAACCCAUCGUAAAGGUCGGUUGCUCACUUCACAAAGUCCUUCAGUUAGUGACGUCACGACGAUUGCGUUUUAUGCCUAUAUGUCUAAUACACUCCCAUCAGCUGAAGCUACUGUACACCACGUGCUUAUAUUCGAUGUGGUAAAAACAAACGUCGGUAAUGCCUACAAUCCAUUUUCGGGAAUAUUUAUCGCUCCUGAGACAGGGGUUUACGUGUUUUCAUGGGGAUUUUUAAAUGGUGAAGGAUCUCAUCAUUCCGUACAGCUGAUGGUGAAUGCCGAUGAGAUGGGAGUGGUUCAUAGCCACACUGUCGGGAUUCGUAACUAUGCACAGUCUACUGGAGUGGUGACAUGCCUAGUUAACAAAGUAGACGACGUGUUUCUGAGAUUAAACGAUGCUAACGGACCAAUUGUUAGUAACAUACAUGGUAAAACAUUCUUUACUGGAUGGAAACUAAAUUGAAAUAAAUUAAACA